AGCGAGAAGUGAGCAAGCGCUAAAUUCAAAAUUCAAAACAGCUGAGGAGCGUGUGGCGUCUGGCGACAGAGAGAGAGAGAGCGGAGAGACUUUUACUCCCUCAUCAGACAAAUAAAGAAGAAAGACAAAGAGGAUUGUGCUUUCAUUUAAGUCUAUAUCAGGAUGGACCCGUUCACGGAGAAACUGUUAGAACGCACACGUGCUCGUAGAGAAAAUCUGCAGAGGAAGAUGGCGGAGAGACCAACAGCGGCCAACCGUCCAAUGGCUAAAAGGACAAGAGAGCCACUUACAGACACAAACAGUGUCAUAAGUGAGCCGACCAUUGAAAAAGCACUUCCCUCUUCCAAGCCAUCCCCCUCAAAGCGUCGCUGUUCAGAUGAAAAUGCUCUCCUUUCUGAAGAAGAAAACAAACAACCAGUGGCCUUGCAUGUGACCGCCUCUGAGCCCAUGACGGACAAGAAGCCACCCCUGGUGCCAAGCAGUGCUCAUCCCAUGCCCAUGGAGCAAAGGUCUGCUCAUUGUACACCAGAACCAGAGGUGCUGCCCACUCGACCUCCUUCAGACACUGAAAAGUUAAUGCGCCCUCCUCAGUCUCCAGCAAAAAGCACAGAUAAGCAUGCUGCUCUAGAUGGAGCCAAAGAGGCACAGAAAGAUGCACCAACCCCAGGCAUCUCCAGCAUGAGAUCUCGACUACAGAGACUGGCUGAGCAAAGGCAGUACUGGGACUCUGAAGGGACCUCAGAAACAAUCCCAGAGAGUGUAGUUUUAUCUCCUCUGAAGUCUCACAAAGUGGAUCUCCCUCCUGCUACUCCAACAAACUCUGAGCUCCCCGUUGGAAGAAAGGGUAGACUGGCGAACCUUGCUGCCACAAUUGGUUCCUGGGUAGGGGUCAAGUCAUUUUUGGAGCGUUUUGGAGAAAGGUGCCAGGAGCACAACCAGAAUUCUCCCUCCGCAUUAGGAGGUCAAGGCCACACACCUGUGGCUACUCCCUCUGCCACCCCCAAGUACAGGCUACUCCAGGAGAGGCUGGGGUGCGCCCAGGCCACCUCUACCACAGCUGUCCUUACUCAGAAGCAGAAAAUGGAGCGAGAGGCAGAACUGGCACAAAUUCGUAAUCGAUUUCAAAAAGGCAACAUGUUGAGGAGCAAAGAGGAUCUUAGUAAGGUCAAGAAUGACCCUGAAAACAAGGAAAUUGAACUGUCUGUUCAGAGUCAGACUUCUGUGCCAGUGCAUUAUAAUGAGCCUUCUACGCCAGUGCCUGAAGUACUCAACAGCCCUUCUAAAUAUAGUGAAAAAGAGAAGGAGUGUGCUCUUCCAAGCCCUGCAAAGAAAGUUGCAUUUAAAGAAGAGAUUCCUAUAGUGAAAGAGCAAGAGGAAGUGAAAGCCGAAAGGAGGGCCGCCCUCAAGGCUGAUUUGGACCAGUUAAAAGCAGAAGGUCCAACAGCCCAAAAGAAAAGCACAAGCAGUGCCCAGGCGGAUAUGGGUUUACCUGCUUCUAAAGGGUCCAUCUCACUGCUGGAGCUGCGACUCCCUUUGAAGGCUGACUUUAUCUGUUCUUCUGCCAACAAGCCUGAAUGUGGAAACCAUUACUUCUUUGUGAUGAUCCGUGCUGGAGCUGAGAACACAGUGGCAACUCCUCUUGCAAGCGCACACACUGGUCUAAGUGGCGAUGCUUUGACCUUCUCCACCAAAUUUACUUUGUCUGAUGUCUCUAAUGACUUUGAGAUUGAUAUUGAGGUGUACUGUUUUGUUCAGAAACGGGAGCUGAACCCUGACAAGAGGAAAAAGCCCAACAAGUCAAAGGCUAUCACACCAAAAAGGUUUCUUGCUAUCUCUAAGAGCAACCUCCAAACACCUGUUGUGGCUAGCCCCGGUGGUCCAAACGCAGUGCGCACCAGUAGCUUUGUACUUGUCGGAUCACACAAGCUAACUCUAGCCUCUAUUGGGAAAAACAAAUUCCUGCUGGAGAAGAUCAAAUAUGAAGGGGUUGAAAGAGAGCUGCUCAGUGACAUGUUUCACAAAAAGGUACCUUUCCUUUGUUCUUUGGAGGGGCACAUAUACCUGAAAAUGCAGUGCCAGGUUGGAUCACGGAUAGAGGAACAAGGCUUCCUGACUAUGUUUGAGGAUGUCAGUGGAUUUGGAGCCUGGCACAGGAGGUGGUGUGUCCUUUCAGGAUACUGCAUCUCUUUUUGGACCUACCCUGAUGAUGAAAAACGAAAGAAGCCAAUUGGUCGCGUUAACCUUGCCAACUGUACGAGUCGUAAAGUGGAGCCGGCAAACAGAGAGUUCUGUGCCCGGCCCAAUACCUUUGAGCUCAUCACUGUGAGACCACAGAGGGAGGAUGACAGAGAUACCCUGGUCAGCAAGUGCAAGGACACUCUGUGUGUUACAAAGAACUGGCUGAGUGCCGACACUAAGGAUGAGAGGAAUCUGUGGAUGCAGAAGCUGAACCAGAUCUUGGUAGACCUGCGCAUGUGGCAGCCAGAUUCAUGCUAUAAACCCAUGUAAGCCUGCUCUCAUCGGGCACCAAGGGCCAAAAGUAUCCUAGUCUGACGUUCACAUUGACUGUAUAUGUCAGAUUUGGAAGUGCAAUAUGGCAUCAUAGUUACACAGUGUUUACAGAUACAUUUUACAAGUUUGUUGUUAGAAAUUUGACGAAAGUAAUAAAAAAAAUAAAAAAUCAAUAAAGCCAUAAAUUAAGAGACAUUUCAAUUAAAGGACAAAAUGCUUUGCCUUACAAGGGUUUUCAGGUAUGUUUUUGAUACUUAUGUCUGUAAUUUAGCAAGGAUUGUUUGAAGACUAAUGAAAGUGUGUUUGCUUGGUUAGACUGUCAAUUU